UCCUCACCAAACUAGAGUUUUGAGAGGAAAUGAUCUCCCACGGAGAAGCAGAAAGCGAGAUAGUACUAGGGAAAGAGCAAAACAGAUAUGCAAACAGCGAUGAUAACAAUGAAGAAACAGAAGAUCUUAAUCAAGGAGAGUGGCUGAACCUGAGCCUAGGUGGGAAUUUGCUCUCAACAGAAGGAGACACUGACUCGCAGUCAAGACCAGCUUCAGGCAAGGUUUUCUCCUGUAACUUCUGCAUGAGGAAGUUCUUCAGCUCCCAGGCAUUAGGAGGUCACCAGAACGCCCACAAGAGAGAGAGAGGUGCAGCUAGAAGAUAUCAAUCUCAAAGAAUGAUGUCCAUGAUGGGCUUUCCCUUCAAUACUUCAACGCUUCGAUCGCUCAACGUUCAGCCCCAUUCACUUGUGCACAAGCCAAGCAGAUAUGAAACUGCACUUGUAGCAAGAUUUAAUGAUGCCAAGACAAGGUUUAGCAUGAUGCCUUUCACACUUGACGAUGUAAUGGAUUCGAUGUGGCCAGGCAGCUUCCGCUUGGAUCCACUAGAAUUAGAGCCACAAUCAGAGCCAUGCAAGCUCGAUUUAAAUCUUCGACUCUGAUCCAUCCACCUGCUACGCCAGUUUGGAAUAUUCCAUAUAUGACUUUCUAUUGGAACUUUGGCAGAGGUCUCAAUGAUUUCAUCUAUCAAGUACAGAACUAAAGUAGGUUAGAGGCCUACUAUGGUGAAUCAUCCUAUGUUUUGUGUGUCCCUAGGAUAGACACGGAGAAGUUCCUACUGUUUUAUGCAUGCAAUAAUAUCAAGUGCAUUAUAUUUCAUAGCCAAGCUUUAUGAGAAUUUUGUCCUGAUUUUUUUUA